AUGUUCGACAUCUGGCUAAGGGGAGCGAGCGGGCGCUCGAUCGGUGAAGGUCGCGUGGAGGUGUACAUUGAUGGUGGAUGGGGUCUCAUAUGUGAUAGCACUUGGGACAAAGCCAGUGCUGAUGUAGCGUGUAUGCAACUAGGAUUCGUUAGGGGCGCGCAGGAGAUAAGGAAAGGCAGCUCUGGUGAGGCGGUGGGCAACUCCUCUGGGUUUGAGUUUGCUCUGGAGAGCGUACGGUGCAGCGGGCGAGAGUCCUCAAUUGCCGACUGCCGUCACGACAUGGUCUAUACAUGUUCCAUCCAGAACAUAGCCAAUGUUAAAUGCCACCCGAACAUGGGCUGCGAGGAGGGCGGCGUGAGAGUAGGCCAGAAGUGCUAUCACGUCGUGAUCGACACCGACAGCACAUCGUUUCACAGUUCGCAGCUGCAGUGCGAAAACAUGGGCGGUUCCCUAGCGACGGUGACGUCACAGCUAGAGAGCGACUUCCUUUCCGACGUGCUUUAUACCUACCGUCAUGCACAUGCAUUCUGGAUCGGGGGACAUUUAACCGGAGGUGAAUGGCUUUGGAGCAAAGGAAACGGACGGACUACGGAAAUCGAAUUUACAAAGUGGUUUCCAGGGUUUUCUCCCGAUGGAUUCAACGAUAAACCUUCAUCGUUGGCAAGCUAUAGUCACAUGUCUCUCGCGCGAAGCUUCAUCAAUGCCAACGCCAAGAUGAUAGAAGUCGACUAUUACUAUUGGACUAACCUCCCCGGUGGCGGCUCCAUGCGGCUACCAUAUAUCUGCGAGAAGAGACUACCAGACGAAGGUUGCUACAUUGGUAAGGGAGAGGACUACCGCGGCAAUGCUUCGACUACACUCAGCGGCAAGACGUGCAUCAACUGGGGCGACAGCACGAUCCUAGACUUUGUCGGUUACUUUGCUGACGAAUGUGCUAAGCUCUGCACAGAGACGACAGAUUUCGUCUGUCGGUCGUUCACACACACCGAGGCAGAGAACCGCUGUCGCCUCAGCAACGCGACUACCGCCGAUGACGUCACACUCGUCCCCUCUCCUGGCUCUCACUACUACGAACUCAUCGCCAGUAGCGAGAACUGUACGGGCAUGUACGUGUGCAAUAACGGAAAAUGCAUCAGUCAGGAUGAAGUCUGCGACGCGCACAACGACUGUGGAGACCACAGCGACGAGUCUGUCUGCCAUAAAAACCUGAACACAUCCUACAACAUGUAG